CAGCAACUGCGCAUCCCAGGGUUAUGGAUCUCCUCACGUUUGCUGCGUUGCCUGAGUCGGUCAGCACCCGAGGACCUAAGCAGCCAUGUCGAAGCCCCAUAGUGAAGCCGGAACUGCCUUCAUUCAGACGCAGCAGCUGCAUGCAGCCAUGGCUGACACAUUCCUGGAGCACAUGUGCCGCCUGGACAUUGACUCACCACCCAUCACAGCCCGGAACACUGGCAUCAUCUGUACCAUUGGCCCAGCUUCCCGAUCGGUGGAGACGUUGAAGGAGAUGAUUAAGUCUGGAAUGAAUGUGGCUCGUCUGAACUUCUCUCAUGGAACUCAUGAGUACCAUGCGGAGACCAUCAAGAAUGUGCGUGCAGCCACGGAAAGCUUUGCUUCUGACCCCAUCCUCUACCGGCCCGUUGCUGUGGCUCUGGACACUAAAGGACCUGAGAUCCGAACUGGCCUCAUCAAGGGCAGCGGCACCGCAGAGGUAGAGCUGAAGAAGGGAGCCACUCUCAAAAUCACGCUGGAUAACGCCUACAUGGAGAAGUGUGACGAGAACAUCCUGUGGCUGGACUACAAGAACAUCUGCAAGGUGGUGGAAGUGGGCAGCAAGAUCUACGUGGAUGAUGAGCUUAUUUCUCUCCAGGUGAAGCAGAAAGGUGCUGACUUCCUGGUGACAGAGGUGGAAAAUGGUGGCUCCUUGGGCAGCAAGAAGGGUGUGAACCUUCCUGGGGCUGCUGUGGACUUGCCUGCUGUGUCAGAGAAGGACAUCCAGGACCUGAAGUUUGGGGUUGAGCAGGAUGUUGAUAUGGUGUUUGCGUCAUUCAUCCGCAAGGCAGCCGAUGUCCAUGAAGUGAGGAAGGUCCUGGGAGAGAAGGGGAAGAACAUCAAGAUAAUCAGCAAAAUCGAGAAUCAUGAGGGGGUUCGGAGGUUUGAUGAAAUCCUGGAGGCCAGUGAUGGGAUCAUGGUGGCUCGUGGUGAUCUAGGCAUUGAAAUUCCUGCAGAGAAGGUCUUCCUUGCUCAGAAGAUGAUGAUUGGGCAGUGCAACCGAGCUGGGAAGCCUGUCAUCUGUGCCACUCAGAUGCUGGAAAGCAUGAUCAAGAAGCCCCGCCCCACCCGGGCUGAGGGCAGUGAUGUGGCCAAUGCAGUCCUGGAUGGAGCUGACUGUAUCAUGCUGUCUGGAGAGACAGCCAAAGGGGACUAUCCUCUAGAGGCCGUGCGCAUGCAGCACCUGAUUGCCCGUGAGGCAGAGGCCGCCAUCUACCACUUGCAAUUAUUUGAGGAACUCCGCCACCUGGCGCCCAUUACCAGCGACCCCACAGAAGCCACCGCCGUGGGCGCCGUGGAGGCCUCCUUCAAGUGCUGCAGUGGGGCCAUAAUCGUCCUCACCAAGUCUGGCAGAUCUGCUCACCAGGUGGCCAGAUACCGCCCACGUGCCCCCAUCAUUGCUGUGACACGGAAUGCCCAGACAGCUCGUCAGGCUCACCUGUACCGUGGUAUCUUCCCUGUGCUGUGUAAGGACCCCAUCCAGGAGGCCUGGGCUGAGGAUGUGGACCUCCGGGUGAACUUGGCCAUGAAUGUUGGCAAGGCCCGAGGCUUCUUCAAGAAGGGAGAUGUGGUCAUUGUGCUGACUGGGUGGCGCCCUGGCUCCGGCUUCACCAACACCAUGCGUGUUGUUCCUGUGCCGUGAUAGGCCCCAGAGCCCCUCUUCCAGCCCCUGUCCCACCCUCUUCCCCCAACCCAUCCAUUAGGCCAGCAA